GUGAGGACAGCAUACUGGAACCACUGUGUUUUCCAGACUCUUCAGAUGAAGCGUGCAGCUCUGCAGGUCUACAGGGACCCAGUUCGGAGCUGUUGCUGUGCCUCUUCUGUUCCCAGUCCUUCCCACUGGUGCAGAAGGACCUGCUGCUCAGACACCUGCUGCUGGAGCACCACCUGGUCAUCGCUGAUGUCCGACUCAUCACAGACCUGCCAAAGUACUUCCUGUACUGGAAGGAGCGCUUCCUGCAGCAGCCGGUGUCACAUUUCUGCAGUGUGAUCAGGACUAAGUCCACAGGUCCACCAGACAAACAAGAAGACUACUUCCUGCUGUGUGAUGCUCUUCCAGAAGACCGGAUCCUUCGAGAGAAGCUGCAGCAGAAACGACUG